AGUGGGUGACAGGUCGCUCCUGACCAGGAAGGUUGUUCGGCAAGUCAGGGUUGGGUUUCAGGUCAGAGGGACCAUGCAGAGAGGCCGGAAGGCAGAGCUGGGCACGGGGCUGCUGCCCAGGACCUGAGCUGGGAUCCAGCGUUCUCAGGGGGAGGCGAUGUCCCCGAGGGAACAGAGGUCUUCGGUCCCUUCUUAAGCCCCGCUGGCUCCCACGUGACAUCAACAGCCCCCUUGCUGCGGCUGGGAGUUCCGAGCUGGGUGCCGGGGCCGGGCCGGCGCCAGGCACAGACACUUCGGCCCUUGUUGGGAGAACAGAGAGAGGCUCUCUUGUCCGCUGCCCAUCCUCCGGCUCCAACCACUGGUUCUCCCAGCGGCCUCUCCUCAGGCUGCGCAGAGCCCACCUGAUCACUGUUACAAGAUGGACUCUAGCCUGGCUGGGACCCCCAGUCUGCAGCCCCCAAGGGCCAAUGGGAAUAUCAACCUGGGGCCUUCGGCCAACCCAAAUGCCCGGCCCACCGACUUCGACUUCCUCAAAGUCAUUGGCAAAGGAAACUACGGGAAGGUCCUACUGGCCAAGCACAAGUCCGACGGGAUGUUCUACGCAGUGAAGGUGCUACAGAAAAAGUCCAUCUUAAAGAAGAAAGAGCAGAGCCAUAUCAUGGCGGAGCGCAGCGUGCUCCUGAAGAACAUGUGCCACCCCUUCCUCGUGGGCCUGCGCUACUCCUUCCAGACGCCGGAGAAACUCUACUUUGUGCUGGACUAUGUCAACGGGGGAGAGCUCUUCUUCCACCUGCAGCGGGAGCGCCGGUUCCUGGAGCCCCGGGCCCGGUUUUACGCCGCCGAGGUGGCCAGCGCCAUUGGCUACCUGCACUCCCUCAACAUCAUUUACAGGGACCUGAAACCAGAGAACAUUCUUUUGGACUGCCAGGGACACGUGGUGCUGACGGAUUUUGGCCUCUGCAAGGAAGGUGUAGAGCCCGAGGAGACCACGUCCACGUUUUGUGGCACCCCCGAGUACCUGGCUCCAGAAGUGCUUCGUAAAGAGCCUUAUGAUCGGGCAGUGGACUGGUGGUCCUUGGGGGCCGUUCUCUACGAGAUGCUGCACGGCCUGCCGCCCUUCUACAGCCAAGAUGUGUCCCAGAUGUAUGAGAACAUUCUGAGCCAGCCGCUACGGAUCCCUGGGGGCCUGACAGUGGCCGCCUGCGACCUCCUGCAAGCCCUUCUUCACAAGGACCAGAGGCAGCGGCUGGGCUCCAAAACAGACUUUCUUGAGAUAAAGAACCAUGUAUUCUUCAGCCCCAUAAACUGGGACGACUUGUACCACAAGAGGCUGACUCCACCCUUCAACCCAAAUGUGGCAGGACCUGCUGACUUGAAACACUUUGACCCAGAGUUCACCCAAGAAGCUGUGUCAAAGUCCAUUGGCUGCACUCCCGACACUAUGGCCAGCAGUUCUGGGGCCUCAAGUGCCUUCCUGGGAUUUUCCUAUGCACCGGAGGAUGAUGCCGUCUUAGAUUGCUAGAAGAGAAGCACCUGUGAAACCACUGAAGCCAGCUUGUAUCUCCCCCGCCCCAGGAAUUAUGGGGGAUGAAGCUGGAAGACCAUGGAAAACACACCAAUGACACUGACACUGGCCUACUGGGGAUCAAAGCUGAGUCAAG